UUAUGGUCCGGUGGCAGCCCCCACCCCCAGGCGCCCAGAACGGCGAGAUUACUGGGUAUAAGAUCCGUUACCGGAAAGGAACGCGGAAGAGCGAGGCGGCAGAAACCACGGGAGGCACCCAGCUCUUCCAACUCAUCGACGGUCUGGAGCGGGGGACAGAGUACACGUUCAGAGUAUCAGCCAUCACAGUGAACGGCUCAGGGCCCGCCACAGAGUGGAGCACCGCAGAGACCUUCGAGAGCGACCUGGACGAGUCCAGGGUGCCGGACAUCCCCAGCUCGCUACAUGUGCGCCCGCUGGUCAACAGCAUCGUGGUGAGCUGGACGCCGCCGGAGAACCAGGACAUGGUGGUACGAGGCUACACCAUCGGCUACGGCAUCGGCAGCCCCCACGCCCAGACCAUCAAGGUGGACUACAAGCAGCGCUACUACAGCAUCGAGAACCUAGACCCCAGCUCCCACUAUGUGAUAACCCUGAAGGCCUUCAACAACGUGGGGGAGGGGAUCCCUGUAUACGAGAGCGCCAUCACCAGGCCACAGUCAGACCCCAUAGACCCUGAUGUUGAUUUGUAUGAACUCUUCCAUGCUCCAUACACGCCAGUACCAGACCCCACCCCCAUGCUACCUCCCGUGGGCGUACAGGCCUCGGUGCUCAGCCACGACACCAUCAAGGUGACCUGGGCCGACAACUCUCUGCCCAAGAACCAGAAGAUCACGGACGCACGCUACUACACGGUGCGCUGGAAGACCAACAUCCCCGCCAACACCAAGCUCAAGACGGCCAACACCACCAACCUGAGCCACAUGGUGACAGGCCUGAAGCCCAACACGCUCUAUGAGUUCUCUGUCAUGGUGACCAAGGGCCGGAGGACCAGCACCUGGAGCAUGACGGCCCAGGGAACCACCUUUGAGACCAUUCCCAGCUCGUCCCCCAAAGAUGUGACUGUGGUGAGCAAGGAGCUGAAACCACGUACCAUCAUAGUCAACUGGCAGCCCCCCUCAGAGGCCAAUGGAAAAAUCACAGGCUACAUAAUCUACUACAGUACUGAUGUGAAUGCGGAGGUGCAUGACUGGGUGAUAGAGCCGGUGGUGGGCAACAGGUUGACCCACCAGAUCCAGGAGCUGACUCUGGACACCACCUACUACUUCAAGAUCCAGGCCCGUAACUCCAAGGGCAUGGGCCCAAUGUCAGAGGCCGUACACUUCCGCACCCCCAAGACCUCCAAUUUGCCAGUUAAACCAGGAAGUAACCAACCACCUCUUGACCAUGGCUUUGGGUCUCCACACGGAAAACCAGGAAUUACAGGAAGUGCGGACAACCACAUCCUGGUCAUCGUCGUGAUCAUCUCUGUGGGAGCGUUCACCAUCAUUGUGGUGGUUGUGGGGGCCUUCCUCUGCACACGACGCACCACCUCCCACCAGAAAAAGAAGCGGGCGGCCUCCAAGUCGUCCAACAGCUCCCACAAGUACAAGGGCAACUCCAAGGACCUGAAGCCUCCAGACCUAUGGAUCCACCACGAGCGGCUGGAGCUCAAGCCCAUUGACAAGUCCCCCGAGCCCAACCCGGUGAUGACUGACACCCCCAUCCCCCGCACCUCGCAGGACAUCAACCCCGUGGACCCCAGCCUGGACAACAGCCUGCUGCAGAGACGGAACUCCUACCGAGGCCACGAAUCAGAAGACAGCAUAUCUGCACUGGCAGGGCGCCGGGGGAUGCGGCCUAAAAUGAUGAUGCCCUUCGAUACGCAGCCCCCCCAGCCCGUGAUUAGCGCUCACCCCAUCCAUUCCCUUGAUAACCAUCACCACCAUUAUCACACGGGCAGCCUGGCAUCCCCGACACGCAGCUACCUCCAUCACCACCAGGGCAGUGCCCACCUACGCCCACACGCCUGCGCCACCCCCAUCUCCUAUCUAGACAUGGGCUCCACAGAGUCGGUGAGGAACACCCCCAGCACAGAGCCCCUCCCGCCCCAGGCCCAGCCCCCCUGCCAAGCCGAGCACCAGCACCCGGACCCCGAGGGCAGCUACCAAGGCUCCACGGCCACCGACGAUGAGCCCAGCGCCAGCGGCAGCUACUGCAGCGCCGGCCAGCCCCCCACCGCCCACGUGCGACCCACUCACCCCCUCAAGAGCUUUGCCGUGCCCGCCAACCCCGCCGCCAUCUUCGAGUCGCCCGCCCUGCCCAGCACGCCGCUGCUUACUCAGACUGGGCCCCAGCUCCACUCAGUAAAGACAGCCUCCAUCGGCACCCUGGGCAGGGUGCGCCCCCCCAUGCCAGUCACGGUGCCCGGUGCGCCAGAUGUGCCCGAGACCAGCAAGAUGCUGGAGGAUGUAGACAGUAGCUACGAGCCUGAUGAGUUGACAGAGGAGAUGGCCCACCUAGAGGACCUGAUGAAGGACCUGAACGCUAUAACCACAGCCUGAGAACCACACGCCCACUCACCACGCUGCUCACACACACAUACAGGCAGACACACACACACACACAAAUCCAGGUAGUGACACACACAGGCAGGAACACACACACUGCCAGCCCUCAGAAAACUGGGAGCCCGAUGCCCGGAUACUAAAUGGAUACCGUCAAUGGAUCCUACACACCCCACUCAAGACAAACAAAAAAUCUAAACUGAAACUUUUCAACUUUUGGCUUACCUUGCUCAGUCUCAGGAAGGAGAUGGCCAUUUAAAAAAAACGACAGUUCACCUUUUUAUGAAGAAACAUUCUCAGAGACGAUAUCUAACAUUGGUCGCUUUCAACCAGAAGAUUGUGAAUUUUCUCAGCAAAAAACUGGAAUGCAUUAGAAGGUUGCUCUCAUACUUUGAUUGCCGGGGAGACCGCUCCUAUGGUUGCCGGGGAGACCGCUCCUAUGGUUGCCGGGGAGACCGCUCCGACAGACAUCAUAUUGUGAUUCCAAGUCAAGAGGAAGAGUCAAAUAUGCCGGUAUUUCAUGUUGGUGCUCACGAAACACAAUCUAAACACAGUGUUUGUUUAAUUAGUGUCACUUAUCUCUGCGUUUUUGUAUAUCUAUUGCCCUGUUUCAGUGAAGUGAACUUUGGACAACAGUCCCCUCCAUUUCCAUUAAAGCGGUCAUUUUAUAGCUAUCAUUUUGAUCCAAUGACGUCUGUUUUCCCUACUCUGUGUUAUAUAUUGUGCCAAGUCUCUUAUUAUUCUCUAAUAUGCCAUGUAUUUUUUUACAUAUCCGUAUAGAUAUGUAAAUAUGUUUUUAAAAAACGGCCUCAUUCUAUUCCCCCCCAGCCUAGCCAAUCAUUUCAUUUUAUUUGGGAGGAGAGUGACAGAAUAGACCCUCAAACGCUCGCUUUUCAUAUCUUGUGGGGAGAUGCCUUGCGUGUUAGUACAUUACAUUUGAAUGGGUUCUUGCGUUCUCUGGCAUUGUGUCGCCCCUUUGUACAUUGAAAUGUUCAGUCUUUUUUUGUUUAUGGGAGCUCCGUUUCAAAAAGCCUUACGAAACGUGUCCGUACGUUUACAUUGGAGAUGACUGUGCCCUCUGUGGACGUUUUCCAGUUACACUGUGAUCCCUCUGACACGCAGCGUCACCACUCUCAGGCCAGGCUGGCCUUGGAGUGCCAAGUAGUAGGGCUUGUUAGCUGGUGACCCUUCAGAACCAUCUGUGGGACAUGAACCCUCCAGAGGCUGCUGGACUCGGAGUGCCUCACCCCGCAAUCACACAUCCUACCCAGUCAGUCGUUUCAAUGGAAUGGCAAUAUAUCAUAUGAAAGUGCUAUGAAAUGGAUGUCUUGUUUCCAAGAGCCAAUAUUUGGUUGAAGAGGUCUGUUUUUUGCUCUUUAUCUCUCUCUGUCAUGUGAAAACCAGGUUUUUCAAUCAAGGAUAAGUGUUUACUGUUAUCUGAGGUCUCUUAAAGAAAUACUGCUUCAUCGCUCUUUUUAAAUGCUACUUGCAACGAUGUUGGCCUAUUGAAUGGGACUCCCAGAUUCAGAUUUUUUUUUACAUGUAGUUUGUUUUGUAUGAAGAAAAAAUGAACUUGUUCUGUACACAAUUCCAAUGUAAAAAGAAAAAAAUUAAAUAUGAUAAUGUAAGAAGCUAGUUUUUCAUCUGCCCUCUUACCCAAAGAAAUGUAAUUGCAAUCGUAGUUACAUGCUCUACUUUUGUGAAUACCAUGUUUCUCAUAAUGUACAUCGUCAUGAAUGUCAAUAUAAGUGUAAGAGAUUUUACUUAUGGAUACAAAAGGAACAUGUCAAAAAUAAAAAAAGGACUGUAGGAAAAAAAUGACAGGACGCUAACCCGUUGGGAAUAACCUAUUAAGUUGUAGACAGUCAAGCCUGUAUUGCACUUUUUCACAAUUUUUGAAAACAAAACAAAAUUUCUUCCAUAUCUUGUGUUAUAAAUAUAAAAGCGAUGUUUCUGUAACGUAGUGUCCUAGGUUAGCAGCAGGCAGCUGGUCUUGUUUUAAUGGUCAUUUGCUUUUGAGAUAUGAAAUUGAGCGGCAGGUUUUACUGUGCUGCUGAUGAGGUAUUCUGUUGCUUGUUUCUGUACAGAGAUCUCUUUGCUUUCUGUAGAAUAUUCUGUGGCUUUUUUUUUUUUUUAUCAAAAUGUUUGACAAAGUUAUUUUUUUUUUUUAUUGGUGCUCUUAUACAUUGUGUAUCCAACUAUUAUGAAUACUAACAAAGUUGAAGUUUCUACUUGU